AUGGGCGACGGCGAUCGGAAGCGGAAGCAACAGUCUGGUGGCGGCGACGGCAGCCGGUCUUCGUACAAACGAAGCAAGGGCGGCAGCUCGGGCAGGUGGAAGACGCCGCACCAAAAUGCCAAGAUGAGUGAAAAGGUCGACGUGGGCGCCGCGCUGGACGUCGGCGACGAAGGCAUCUGGGUCACAUUCGCCAGGGGCAUGAGAGCCAAGGCGAUGCGAGAGUUCAAGCAGCUCUGCGAAGAGUAUGGCGAGACGCUGUACGACAUCAAGCCGCCGCGCGCGGCAGAGGCGGACGAGGAGACCGACGCCGAGGAGGACAUCGAGGCCUCCAUCCAGAAAGAGCUCGACGCCAUCAAGGGCGACGACAACAAGCCCAAGGUGAGGCAGAUCUUCUCGCCCGUAUCGGCGGGCAUCGAGUGCCUCUUCUUCAUGAAGACGAUGGAGCCGGUACAGCCGGGCGAGUUCGUGCUCAAGAUCUGCCGGGAUGCCAGAGACUGCCCGGACCCCAGGCAGCGAAAAGUCAAAUACAUCAACCGCCUCACCCCCGUGUUCAACACAGACAAGGCGACGGAGAAGGGCAUCGUCAGGGUGGCGAGGUCAGUCCUAGCGCCCUUCUUCACGCUCACUCCUGAGGAGGGUGACGGAGCAACCCAAGCGCCCCAAGCGGAGAGCGAUGGGACAGCUUGCACGUACGCCAUCCGGCACAACAUCCGAAAUCACACCACCUUCAAGUCGGACGAAGUCAUCAAGAGCAUCGCGAGCCUUGUUGAUGUGCGGCACAAGGUCAACCUCGGAAAUCCGGACAAGGUCAUCCUGGUUGAGAUUUUCCAGCUCUUCUGCGGUAUCUCGGUCGUGGACGGGAAAGAGUGGGAGACUCUCAAGCGAUACAACGUCAACGCGCUCUACGGCAUGACGGCCGACGAGAAGGCCGCCGCGGGAGGGCCGCCUGCGGCUCCGACAACUGAGCCGCCCACGACAUCAUCGUAA